AUGGUGGUGUUGCCUGAUGUUAUCGAGGAUGCGGGCUCUCAAUCACCCGUGCCCCCGGAUGCCGAACUUCUGAAAGUUGAUACCUGUCUCAGCGUCGGGGCGCUGUCGUUGAAGUUCGACAUAGCGGAGCUCUGGCGGUUCGGCCCGGACAGCAGCAAGAGCGGAAGCGAUAAGGCACGGGAGGUGCGGGGGGGUGCGGGGAGCGCCAGCGGCGCGGCCGGAGGGGGUACCGUGAAGGCUCACUGCGAGCACGUGUACACGAUGCCCGCGACGUUGAAGACAUACAGCGGGCGCAUCAUGGGGAUGUGGAAUUCCGGCUUUGACGAUUCGAGAGCACCUCAGCAUCAUGUACUUUCGCCGCAGCUGUGCGAGCAAGCUCGAGCGAGCGAGUGUCCCCUGUGGUUCAAAUCAACCCCUGCGAGGAAGCUACACCCGUCCCUGCCCAUCAACACCGCUGUUGUGCUGCCGGUGCACGUGAACGUCGAUUCGGACGACGAGGAUAAGAUGACGGACGACACCUACAUCGCGGUGUUUCUGUCGCUCACGCUACACGAGCGCAACCUGCUGUCGCUGGAUUUCUUGGAGCACAUCUCCAAGGCCGCCACUACCCUGUUCCUCGAGCAGAAGGAGAAGAAGAUAAAGAUGAAGCUGCCGUGUGGGGUGGCAAAGGGGCACCCCGAGAAGUCUGCAUUUGUCGAAACUCACCUUCAAGACGUGCCGGUUUUGGCUCACCCUGGCGGGAUGCUCAACACCAGCGUGGCGUGGGCAGAGCUUGAGGAUGUCGAUUUCCUCGUGAAUGGCAGCAGGUGCACGAUCUACACGGCGGUCUACAAGGACCAGCAGGUGGUGGUGAAGCUCAUGCGGAAGGACGUCCAGGAUGCGGCCCUAGUGAGGGACGAGCUAGAGCUAGAGCUGGCGUUGCUCAGAAGGGUACGGCACGAGAAUAUCGUGCGGCUGCUUGGGGCGGGGAAGGAACCCGAGAGGUUCUUGAUCAUCGCGAGACUUGACGGGGGCACACUCUCGCAGCGCUGCGACCACGGGUCGAGGCUGCGCGAUCGACGAGGACGGUUCAAGACCGGGAAACCCUUCAGCCACAUGCAGGUGCGGCGCUUCUUCACCACCACGCAGUCGCACGCCGGCGGCCAUCUUGUAGCGGAGGCCGGAAGGUUGUUCAACCGUAAGGAGGUGCAAAGGUGUGCUUUGCGGCACCUCCACGAGGAGGCCAUUCCGGGCAGGAUGGUGGUGCACAGGGACGUUAAGCCGGACAACAUCGGCUUCAACGCUGACGGCGACCUGAAGCUGCUGGAUCUGGGCCUUAGCAAGGUGGUGUCCAAGAGCGAGGUGGACAACACCAUGUUCAACAUGACGGGUGAAACUGGCUCAGUCCGGUACAUGGCACCAGAGGUCGCCGAGUCAAGGCCCUACAACGAAAAGGUGGACGUCUACUCGUUCGGCAUCAUCCUUUGGGAGAUGUCCACGCUCAAGAAGCCGUUUGACGGCAUGGGACACGACCGAUUCCUCUCGCAGGUCAUCCGAGGAUCGCACCGACCCCCGGUACACAAGAAGUGGCCCAAGCCUUGGUCCGAACUCAUGCAGUCUUGCUGGGCUGAAGACCCUUCGAAACGACCGUCCUUCGCGAAAGUCGGCGACCUGUUGCAGGGGAUGCUGCAAGAUGGAAUAGACCAGAACUGGUGAGUCGCCGUUGCCAGCGGCUCAACUGCGCAUACUAUCACGGACGUGCAUGCUUGUCCUUUUGGGGAUUUAAUAUGCUCGUGUGAGGUCGGUGCAGGGUCCAUUCCUUACAUUGUGGGCGAUNAACGAAGCAUAAAUAUUGACACAGCAAUCCUUUUGGUCAACUGUGCGAUGCACAUGAAGGUUGGGGACUCGUGGUGAGAUAACCGCAAAACAUUACCGGUUCCCAUGGGGCGGUGGGAAUCUGGUCAGACACUAUCCUGAAUUCUCCGCAAGGAGAGGGGUGGAUAAUGCAAGAGAAAAUGUCAGACCUAACAUACUCAAGAACCUGUUUUCAAUGACCGACCAAAUGACCCAAAAGAGAAGGAGCACCAAGCGGUGCACACGUUUGUAGCUGACAGAGCUGUGUGUGUGCAUCUCUCCCUGUGUGUGCAUUUGUAUAUAGCUGCGGCAGCCAACGGGUGAGUGACGUCAACCCAGCAGAUCACGCGUAAGAGAUCCAUCUGCUGUCACCUCCAUUUGUGAGCGUACAACGAGUUCCACGACUACCCAUGAAAGCACCUGCAGAGGAGACUUUAUCUACUGUACUUCUGGUGCUGGUCCUGGUGCUGGUGCACACGUUUGUACUCACAGAAGCUGUGUGCGUAUCAAUUGCUGUGUGUGUAGCAUAGGAUCUGCAACUAACUGUUGACUGUUGCUGUAAUCACACCGCACAUGGGUCGGAGCCCCCGCCUAUCCCGGGUUGAAAAAAUCUUCAACCUGGGGGGGGGGGGGUUGCGACACCUCCGGACAUAUAUCUGGCUUAGCCUCACUUCUUUGUGCCCUGGGCUGCGGGAGGCGCGUCCCCGGAAAACCAAAACGCCAAAGCACAACACGGCACUACACAUUCGACACACACGGCACAGCAGUAGAAAUUAGCAACACAGCAGGCAACCCAUACAAAUACACAAGAGCAUGCUGCUGGGCUGCAUCAUCACUACUACUACUACUAGAGAGGGUUACUACCAAGCACCACCACGGCUUGCCAGCCAGCACCAAUAGUUGUGUAUUACUACAGCAGCAGCAGUUCCUAGCAGCUACCUGUGUGUCUGUGCUCCCGUUAGGAACCGCAGAGCAGCGUCGAUCUACCCUCUCCUCCACCCAUGGUCAUCAACAGGUACAACCACACACAACAUAGGCGCACACGUUACAUAAGGCAUCGACAUCACACCACCAGUUAGUUGCUGCACGUAUCUCUCUCUGCCUCCCUUUGUGCUCGAUUUCACCCACAGCCUCUCUCGACUGCUCAAAAUUGCUGCUGGGGCACGGAACAACAGCUGCAUACCCUCUAUCUACAAAUUCUUAAACCACAGGGGGGG